CUGCGCCCUGCGCUGGAGCGCUCAUCCCGCCCCCCUGCCCUGCGGGGCGCAGGCCGCAGCUCGGCCGGCAGCAUGCUGAAUGUGCCGCCGCAGGCUUUCCCUGCGCCCAGCUCCCAACAGCGGGCGGCAGCAGGCGGCCGCGCUAAGGUACCUUUAAAGCCAGGAAGGAGUCUUAUGGAUUGGAUUCGACUAACUAAAAGUGGGAAAGACAUGACUGGUUUAAAAGGGAGACUAAUUGAAGUGACUGAAGAUGAGCUUGCUAAGCACAACAAAAAAGAGGACUGCUGGAUAUGUAUAAGAGGAUUUGUAUAUAAUGUCACACCAUAUAUGGAAUAUCAUCCCGGUGGUGAGGAUGAACUAAUGAAAGCGGCAGGAACUGAUGGUACAGAUCUCUUUGACCAGGUUCAUCGCUGGGUCAAUUAUGAAUCGAUGCUGAAGGAAUGUCUUGUUGGGAGAAUGGCUGUCAAGCCUAUUACUGCCCCAAAAGAGAUUACUUCUGUGUCUGAAGAGAAGAAACAGCUUAAUGGUAUGCUUCCUAAGAAGAAAGUACUGUGUACUUCUUCUAAAGAUUUAACUCCAAGUUAUGACUGGUUCCAAACAGAUAGUUUGAUCACCAUUGCCGUAUAUACUAAGCAGAAGGGUAUGAAUGCAGACUUGGUGAUACUUGACUGUGAAGACAAACGAUUAAGGGGAGAGAUAAUCGUGGAUGACUACUCAUAUCUUUUAGAAGUUGAUUUGAGUCAUGCCGUUCAAGAAGACGUGGCUGUAAAUAUUGCUGAAAAAGUUGGGAAAGUAGAGAUUAUCUUAAAGAAAAAGGAUAACGUUCAUUGGAAAAUUCUGGGACAGCCCUUGGAGAAUCAUAAUACAUUUAUGAAACGUACGGACAGAGGACUGUUCUACAGAAAAUGUAAGCUGGUUUCUAAGACGGAAGUUACCCAUGACACCAAGCUCUUCUGCUUACUGUUGCCUGAGAGCACACAUCUCCGUGUUCCCACUGGACAACAUGUUUACCUCAAACAAAUCAUUGCAGGGACAGAGGUAGUAAAACCAUACACACCUGUAUUGCCUUUUUUGCCACUGGAUUUCCAAGAACCAUCUUGCCAUGAUAGUGCACAUAUAUAUUUAAUGAUUAAAAUUUAUCCCCGUGGACUGUUCACACAGGCCCUUGACCAUCUACAAAUUGGAGACUAUAUUUCUGUCAGCAGUCCUGAAGGUAGCUUCAAGAAGUCACAGGUUCAAACUUCAGAAGAGCUGUUUUUAUUGGCAGCAGGCACAGGCUUCACACCAAUGGUUAAACUGCUGAAUUUUGCUCUGACUGAAGUUAAUUGCCUCCGGACAGUGAAGCUAAUCUUCUUCAACAGAACAGAAGAUGACAUACUUUGGAGAAACCAACUAGAGCAAUUAGCUCUUAAAGAUGAAAGGUUUGAGGUUCAAUUCAUUCUCUCACAACCAGUAAGGGACUGGGUGGGUAAACAGGGGAUGAUUUCUUCAUCUCUUCUCUCUGAGUUUGUGAAAAGAAGCAGAAAAGACUCCAAAGUCCUUAUCUGCAUCUGUGGUCCAACACCCUUUACAGAACAAGGAGUACAAUAUUUGAAGGAUCUUGGUUACUCCCAAGAAGAGGUGCACCCUUUCACUGCAUAAUCCCAUAGGAGAAGAUUAAUGUUUGUAUAAUUCAAUGUUAUUUAUUUACCUUCAUGAAUUUAAAUAAGUGAGAAGCAAUUUUGUAAGACUUGAAAUCUCGCUCUUGGUACCAAACUGUUUCUCAGAAGUAAUGUAUCUUUGAAAAAAAUUUAUAAUGUGUUUUAUCUUGGUUUUGUAAAUAUUUUUGCUAAUACUUAAGUCAUCCAGGGUAUUAAUUUAUUAAAGAGGCAAGCAAAAAUGCAUAGUGUACAUUAUGUAAGAUAUUUCAUGGUUUUGGUUCAUGAGAAUUCUUAAAUUUAUUAGAAGCACUGAUUUCAGGUUUGAAUUGAAAAAGAUUAUUCUUUCUUACUGUAAAAGGUCUUAAGAGCAAUACUGUCUGAAAUGAAAUAUUGCACUGUAACUCAGGUAACUGGUCAUUGAAAAAUGUUCUUUUUCAUCUGAUUUCUCUAUUUGACUUGCAAGUGAUCCAGAUACGUUUUUAGCUUUGUAAGCAAAGAAUAGAAGUACCUUUGGUAAAGUAUAAAAUUUACAUCAAAUAAUAAAAAAAAAUUACAGUUUUACAUCAUGCAUUGUUGUAUUUUUUUUUUUUACUUUUAUAAUGUUAUACAGAAAGGUUUGCACUAGCUUAGGACACAAGCUGAGAACUAAGAACAGAGGUAAACAGCUGUGGCCUCUCACAAAACUUUCUGUGUGGCCUCACUGAUACUGGGCAUCCGCUGUUGUGAGACAUUCUGGGGGUAAAAACUUGACAGUUUAUGCCCUGCAGAUACCACUGUAAGGACCACAGAAGUACUAAAAAUAUUUGAUACAUUGCAGUAGUAUUAAAUGAGGUUAUUUGAAUUUGGGCUUUUUUACUCCACUAUUUAAAGUAUGUUAUCAUGAGGCAUUAAUCUGCUGUCUAAUAAUAGUUUGAAGAAAACAGCAGCAAAGCAGCUACCCCCUUUCUAGAUAUUGUCGGUAAUGUCUGGAGGCAUUGUUUUGUGUGACAUCUAGCACUGUUUACAUCCUCCUAUUAUGUUGAAUAGAUAUUUUUUCUUCCAAAGUAGUAGCCAGACUUGCAGUUGUGGCAUUAAUACUUAAGCAUUCAUGAGAAAAUGUUUUAAUAAUACACUUCAGAAAGGUGAAAUUGAUAGAAGACUUGUAUUAUAGGGUGUUAUACUGGAAGAAGGAAUUCACCAGGUCCUACUGUUGAGGUAAAAAUCAAUUUAAUCUAUUGGUGGUGUAAUUGAUACAAGAAUAAUUUGUGGUGUCGCUAGGAUUUCUAAGAAAUGGGGACAAGUGGGUCUAAACCAUGGGAGGAUAUCCUGAAAUCUCCCUUAAAAUGUGUAUUGAAACACUGAAAGCAGAUGGGAGAGGAUCCUUUAACCAAGGCAAAAUUAGUACAAUAUAGCAAUCAGUGAGGGCCAAUAUAUACAUUGGAAGAGAGAAUGCCCUCCGAGGCUGUCUGGGGAGGGAGCAUUGAAACUUUCCUUAAGUCAACAAUGAGGAGGACCAGGGAAACAGACCCUAGCUGAACCCCUGGUUACAUUUGAACUGGAGAAACAAAAAGUAUUUUUUAUUAGAUACAGGGGCUUCAUUUUCAGUUAUAAAUACCAAGCAAGGUAGUUUAAGCAAAGAAGCUGUGAUCAUUGUCAGUGCGACUGGAAAAAUGGACUUUCUUUAACGCCAUUAAUUUUAAAUUUGGCAAGCAAUAGUUAACUCCUCCGUUUUUAUAUAUGCCUGAAUGCCCAAUACCCCUCCUGAGAAGAGACCUGUUAAGUAAACUGGAUGUUCAAAUCAUAUUUAAAGGGGGAGAAGUACAGUUAUUGGUACCCGAGACUAAAGCCGUCAAGGCAAGGAUUUUUAUGUUGCAGGGAAAAACAGAACCAAAUAAUCUUGAAGGAGUACCAGAGGAAGUAGAAAAUGCAGUAACACCCCUGAUUUGGGCUAGCGGAACUCCAGGAUGUUCCCAACAAGCUCAGCCUGUAAGCAUUACCCUAAAACCUGGAUCGAGAGUGGUAAGACAGAAAAAAAUACCCUUUGAAAUUAGAAGCAAGAAAUGGAAUAAAGGGUUUGAUAGAAAAUUAUAAGAAAUUUGGGUUGUUAAUGGAAUAGGAGUCAGAGUACAGUACUCCUAUCCUGCCUGUUAAAAAAGCCUGGAACAGGCAAGUAUAGAUUAGUGAAGAUCCAGGGACUAUUAAUCAAAUAGUUCAGGAUGUCCACCCUGUCAUUGCCAAUCCUUACACUUUAUUAACAUCCCUCACAGAAAAUCAUCAGUGGUUUAUAGUAAUAGAUGUAAAGGAUGCCUUCUUCUGCAUACCUCUUGAUCAGCAAAGCCAAACCGUUUUCACUUUUGAGUGGGAAAACCGUCAAACUGGUUGUAAGACCUAACUUUCCUGGACUGUUCUAACUGAAGGGUUCAAGAACAGUCCAACAAUAUUUGGAAACCAAGUAGCGAAAGAGAAGUGCAGAAGAAAGAUAAUCCAGAAAGGUUGGUCUUGCAAUAUGUAGAUGACAUUUCGCUGGUGAUGGAAACUAAAGAGAAAUGUGUGGAACUAGCAUUUAGCCUUUGAAUUUUUUGCACCAAGGAACUAAUAAAGUAUCUCGAGAAAAGGCUCAAAUUGUAACAAGUUACCUACCUGGGGUUUGAAAUGAUACCAGGACAGCGGAAGCCACUUGUCCAAACAAAAUACUACAUGGGCUUGGAUUUUAGCCUACUGGUUGGCUUGCUAACUUGUUGCAAACAGUAAUUGUAAUUGUUGUAAUCAUUAUAUUACUUGGGAUUGCUUUAGGUUGUAUUAAGAAAAUCAUCACACAAAAUAUGGCAGGAGUAUAUGUUACUGUUGACAAAACUAAAGUUGAAACAUAUCAAAUGGCUCGAAGGCCUAGAAAAGUUUCAAAAGGGGGGGGAAAUGGUAGGAGUAAAACAGUUUUACCCAUUGUUAGCUGAAGCAAACUGCCAAGUUGAUCUUUAACCAAACAAAACCAUACACGCGUCAAGAAGGCACAAGAGAAAGGGUAAAGAACAUUCUUUGCCUAUCCAGCUCACUGAACUGGGAACCAUUCCUCACAAAGCCAGAAGAGAAGCCAACCUAAGACCAUAAAAGGAAGACAAUGAGAGUUCAGCCGAAGGCCAACAAAGAUACAACCACCUUGGGGCCCUCACCCAAAACAACCUGCGCCUGCUCUAGUGGAUAGUAACCCAUGUUAAUUAGUUCCGGGAAGAAAUUACAAUAUGUGUGAGAUUUCUGGGAGUUACAGUGCAUGUGUAUGAGAGGAAUGCUUAUAAGCAAGAAACCUGUAAGAAUCGGCAUGCACGUUAGGCAGAGCUAUCCCCUGUGCGCUGUAAUAAGUGAUGCCUGCUUCUUAAUGCUACAUCAGUAUAGGAGUUUCAUUUUCAUGACUUUCUGUGACAAAAUUGGUAUCUGACAGUGACUGGCAAUGAUAAAAUGAGCUGUCAUCUCUACAGUGCCCUUUCAUAUAUUGAAGUUAGCAAAGGAUUUGGUUGUCAGUUUUUGCCAAUAGGUAGCAAGUUAUUUCACUAGAAAUGGUGAUAGUGUCAUCAUUUUGUCACCUAGAAGGAUCUGAAUGUUUUCAGUUACAAUUUUGCAAUGGAUUAUUUGGGGUGAUUUGUACUACAAAGCUCUGAACAGGUUUCUGCUGAGCAGAAACAUCAGUGCUAUGCUGGAAAAAAAAACAA